AUGCCGACGGCACAGGAGGCCGUGGAGCAGGAGGCACCCGCUCGCAUAGACGCGGUGCUGUACCAGUUCUAUGCCAAGACGGUCGCUGUCGUGUGCGAUAGCCGCGGGCAGGCAGACGGCGACGCGCCGCGCAACAAGUGGUUCGCGCUCGAGCUCGGUGCGUCGGAGGCGUAUCGUGCGCCCUUGCGCCCAUGGCGCGCGCUUGCGUCGGCGCGCAUGCCGGUAGUCGUGCCGACGCUGGUCGUCUCGGUGCGUGUGCGGUGUUUGGAUGCGGCCUACGACGUAUAUGCGCAUGUGCCCCACAGGACGCGCCUCGAGCCUGGUGUGGCGGUGCUGCUGGAGCAGUGGCGGGUGGAUGUGCGGGCGGACGACGCGCCGGCGCAGCGCCUGCCGACGAUCUACAAACAGGCGGUUGUGCACUUUCGCACGAUGUAUGCGAUGGCGCAUACGCUCCCGCUAUCGCGCGUGUGUCAGCAGCUGGACCACCAUGCACUGGCUGUGGAUGUGAGUAUAGACGCAGCGCCGACGCCGCUGGAUCUGCCGGCGAAGACGUGGCACAUGGCGCCGAUCUCUACGCCCAUCGGCUCGCUGCAGUGCCGCGUCGACGCAGCGACCGUGCAUGCUCUCUCGCUCGAACGGCGCGAGCGGCUGUCGCCUAGCUAUGGCCAUGCGCCGCCGCUCUCGAUCGACGUGGCGCCGUCGACGCCGCGCGCGUCCGUGGCAUCCGUGCCGGGCUGCGAGCCGGGUGCCUUGCGCUCCCUGUUCACGAGCUCCGCGCGCAUGUCGAGCUCGCCGUCGUCGCUCGCACGCACGCCGCCCUCCGACGCGUACAUGCGCGCCGAGUCGCCGACCGAGGGAGCAGCGCGUCCGCAGCGCAUCCCGCGGUACGCCACGCAGCCGUCGUCGUACCGGCACCGCCACUCGCCGUCGCUGGAAGACAGCAGUGCACGGAGCGCCGGCCUGCGGAUCGGCCCGCGACGGCCGGCGGCCACCGCGGGGCGCGACUCGCUGUCGUCGUCGAGUCCGACGGCGCCUUCGCGCGUAUUUGGGGGGCGCUCACCGACGGCGGCGUUUGCGGUGCCGCGGCACCGGCGCAUGUCGACGCCGCACGACGCGCUAGAUCUCGUGGCGAUGAUUGACGCGCGGCAGCAUCGCGAGAGCUUGGACGACGACGCAGCGUCGAGGCCGUGGGGGGCCGAUGUGUACGACGAUCUGCUCGGACAGAUGACCCGCUCUCUGCAUCUGCACGCGCUCGACGAGGUGUUUGGGCCGCCGCCGACACAGCGGCGCGGCGUGCCGAUCCGCGAGACGGAGCCAAGGCACUAG